CUCCCCGCCCUCCCGCAGCCGUCCGCCCUCGCUCUCGCUCCCCGCCCGCCGUCGCCGUCCUCCGUCGGUUCCCUCGUUUAGUCCACUGCCGCCUCCUCAGCCACCCGCCCUAGUCUUCGAGCUUGCGACUCGCGGACAGGCGUCCUCGGCGCGGAGAGGCCGGACUCGGAGUCGUCGCCUGAGUGCCUUUCAUCUGAAAAUUCAAGGGAUUCUGUAGAACUUUUGCCAUAUACACCGUGGUUCUUGCAGCACAUUUGUAAGCAAUGGCUGCCAUCCGGAAGAAACUGGUGAUUGUUGGUGAUGGAGCCUGUGGCAAGACUUGCUUGCUCAUCGUCUUUAGCAAGGACCAGUUCCCAGAGGUGUAUGUACCCACAGUGUUUGAGAACUAUGUUGCAGAUAUUGAAGUGGAUGGAAAGCAGGUGGAGUUGGCUUUGUGGGACACAGCUGGGCAGGAAGAUUAUGAUCGCUUGAGGCCCCUCUCCUACCCAGACACUGAUGUUAUACUGAUGUGUUUCUCUAUUGACAGCCCUGAUAGUUUAGAAAACAUCCCAGAAAAAUGGACUCCAGAAGUCAAGCAUUUCUGUCCCAACGUGCCCAUCAUCCUGGUUGGGAACAAGAAGGAUCUUCGGAAUGAUGAGCACACAAGGCGGGAGCUGGCCAAAAUGAAGCAGGAGCCAGUAAAACCUGAAGAAGGCAGAGAUAUGGCAAACAGGAUUGGCGCUUUUGGGUACAUGGAAUGUUCAGCAAAGACCAAAGAUGGAGUGAGAGAGGUUUUUGAAAUGGCCACGAGAGCUGCGCUGCAAGCCAGACGUGGGAAGAAAAAAUCUGGGUGCCUUGUCUUGUGAAACCCUGCUGCAAGCACAGCCCUCAUGCGGUUAAUUUUGAAGUGCUGUUUAUUAAUCUUAGUGUAUGAUUACUGGCCUUUUUUCAUUUAUCUAUAAUUUACCUAAGAUUACAAAUCAAAGUCAUCUUGCUACCAGUAUUUAGAAGCCAAACUAUGAUUAAUGAUGUUCAACCUGCCUGACCUACCAGGGUCCUUCUGACACUUCUCUAACAGCCCUCUGCACUCCCACCUGAUACAACCGGCGCUAAUUCAAGGAAUUUCUUAACUUUUUGCUUCUUUCUAGAAAGAGAAACAAAAGUUAGUAACUUUUGUGAAUUAGGCUGUAACUACUUUAUAACUAACAUGUCCUGCCUAUCAUCUGUCAGCUGCAAGGUAUGGUGAGUCACCACUUCAGGGCUUUAUUCCGUAACAGAUUUCAUUAGCAUAGCUCUGGGGUUGGUAUUCAGUUUUUUCAAAUGUGCUGGACCAGAAAGACCCAAGUCCAUGCAGCUGUGGCAAAGUUACAGUUCUGUGGUUUCAUGUUAGUUACCUUAUAGUUACUGUGUAAUUAGUGCCACUUAAUGUAUGUUACCAAAAAUAAAUAUAUCUACUCCAGAUUAGAUGUAGUAUUUUUUGUAUAAUUGGAUUUGCUAAUACCAAUGUUUGUCAUCUUCACAGAAAGUGUAUUGGUUUUUUUAAAAAAAAAAAAAGUGUAUUUGAAAAUAAAGUCAGAUGAAAAAUUC